GCUAUUUUAUUUUUUUAUUAGUUUAUAGUUAAGACAUAUUUUUCAAUUUAUUCUAUAAAUUCCAUAAAAUGAUCUAUGGUGAACUUUCAAUUUUCAGGAAUAUGAUAGGUGAAGAAAGGCACAUCUUUACUCACCUGUUUGAGCAGAAGUUCUGAUGCCAAUUUUUGACAUAUUUCAGUUGAUAAUAGUAAACAUAUUUAUUAUUAUUUGUAUCAAGCACUUUAAACUGUCAGCAUAAAUGUACAAAUUAUACCUGUAGCUAUCUUUAAAAAUAAUGAGCGGAAGGAUAUGAGAAUCAACACUUUUUCCUUAAAAAGGUUUUGGGUUAGUACACUUUCACAAAAAGUUAUCUCUUACAGAUGAUCAGUCCUCCCUAAAAAAAUUCUUGUGAGUGCCUAUGAUACUUUUGAUUAUACAUACAGAAUUUUUUUUAGUUAACUUCAGUUAGCAACAUUAAAAUACUGAAAAAAUUAUUUAUUAUGUACCCCAAAAAGGAAGUCAGAGAGAGACUGACUCAGUCACAGAUCAUCAUGUCUAGUCCUUACCAGCUCAUAUCACAUGUAAUCAUACAGGAUGAUUAAAAAAACAAUGGCAAUAUUUCUAUACAUAAGGCACAUCAAAAAAUAACUUAAGUACAUAUAAACAAAAUGUUUUAAAUUGUCACACUAAGAUACAGGUUGUUGUAAAUUUCACUAAUAACACUGAAAACAUGAAUAUUGUUCAAAUAACAGUGAUACUACAACAUACAUAUUUACAAAGUACAACAUGUUAAAGCUUUCUAUACAGAUUUCACUUCCAAUAUUCAAAGCAAUUUUUCUCUAAAGCAAAUAGGAGAAACAGGUCUAUAGUCUAAUUUAAGAACAUACAAUUUUUCUGUGCUUUGAUCUGCCUGGAGAAAGACAUUAUGAGCUCUGAAUGGCCCUGAAGGUCAUUUUCAAAGAAAUUACCACUAGAGUAUUUUCUAAGGUAGAGUUGGUGGGAAAUUUUGAACACCCUCAAGAAAGGGAAAGAUUGGAUGGAGUAUAUCUGGCAUCAGAAGUUUGGGGUCAUUUUUGUCUUCUAUGUUUCAGUAUCAAUCUCAAAUAGCUUCAAGCAGUUCAACACGACAGCAUGGCCAAGAAUUAGAAAAGAGUUAUUAUGAAAGUAUCAUUGUCAUACUCGAGACUCUUGAAAAAUGUUUCAGCAUUCAACCAAAAGACUCUAUUACACUCACAAUGGAGGAAAAUCAAAACUUGAAAUGUUUGAUGAAAGAAAUUUGUACAUUUCUGUAUUGUAAAGAUAUGCCAUGUGACAAUCCACAUGCACAGUCAAUAAAAAUACUGGCUAGUAAAGUUCUGUCGGCUCUAAGUGUGAAUUUUUUCAAUGCCGUUUUCAACCGGAUCUCAUCGAAGCUUCAAGAGUUGUCAUCCUGUCCAGACGAAAAUCCCGACUUUAGUGAUAUUGAGUUGAUCCAACACAUAAAUGUAGAUGUCUCAAAGUUGAUAAAACUAUUUGUCGAAGCCAUUUCUAAGUUCAGGCUGCUGAAAAAGUCGGCACAUUUGGUACUCGUCAAUUCGUUGGAAAAAUGUGUUUGGAAUUGGAUGGAAAAUUACCCGUAUGAAUUUGCAGAACUAGAAAAGAAUCAUAACGAAGAAAUGUCUAGAUGUGCGGAUCAACUGUUUGAUAUUUUGGACGCGUUUGGUGAUAACAAAAAAGGGAGGUCAGCAGUAUGGUCCUUGCAGAUGACGUUACUUGUUUUGGCACCAGAUAUUUUACAAGACAUCAUAAAUGCAGAGAUUGGAGGUGCACAACUAUCUCCUCAUCACAACAAGAAAAAAGUAUUUUUAGACAACAUCAGGAGAUGUCUUGGUCCACAUAGCAACAGUAAGCAACUAUCAGAAGCAGCAGCCGUUACUUGUGUUAAACUGUGUAAAGCUUCUACGUACAUAAAUGUGCUUGACACUCCCAACAGCUCAGUUGUUGCUUUAGUUCAAAGCGUCAUUGGUGAUUUGAAGGCCAUCCUCUUUAAUCCACAAAAGCCGUUUUCAAGAGGGCAGAAUUGUUUGAAUCAAGAUAUGGAUUUGAUGAUCGACUGUCUCGUGUCCAUAUUUAAAAUAAAACCUUUAAACAAUGAGGCGCUAAAUGUGUGUCUGAAUUUGAACUCGCCCGCCAAUUUUCACUUUGUUUUGGUGAGAUCAUUAUAUAGGAUAGUGACUCAAUCAAGUCUUCAUUGGUGGCCUCACAUAGACUUGAUCUACGACAAAUCAUCGGAAUUACGAACUAUGUUCACAGAUACGUUGAAUAAGGUAUCACAGGGUUAUAUUUCUCAUACGCCACUAAGGAUGAUACAGAUUACGCUUAAAGGAAAAGACUGCCAAGGAAAAUACAAAGAUAAAGCUGAAGAAGUACCUGGAUAUAGAAAUUUAUUACUUUAUAUGGUUAGAUUAGUUCAUGCAGAUCCGAUGCUUAUGUUGAACAAUCAUGGCAAAGCAGGACAUGAAAUUCAAAGUUCCACUUUAGAAUUGAUCAACGGAUUGGUCUCUCUUGUCCAUCAGCCUACCAUGCCUGAAGUGGCACAAGAAGCUAUGGAAGCAUUAUUGGUUCUCCAUCAUCCCGAAAAGAUUGAAAUGUGGAACCCUGAAGCACCUAUCAACACUUUUUGGGAUGUCAGCUCUCAAGUGAUGUUCUCAAUUUCGCAAAAGUUGAUACAACACCAAAUUAUGAACUAUACCGAAAUACUGAAGUGGCUCAAAGAAAUACUCAUAUGUAGGAAUGCAUUUUUGUCAAAGCAUAAAGAGUAUGCCAAUUUAGGAAGUUCAAUAGCAAUUUGUAAACAAGCGCAUAUAAAACUGGAAGUUGUAUUUUUUAUGUAUUUGUGGAGUAUUGAUAUCGAUGCGAUUUUAGUUGCUAUGAGCUGUUUUGCACUGUUGUGUCAAGAAGCUGAAAUCAGGUGUGGAUCUGACGAAAUUACUGUAACGUCUCUAGUUCCGAACUAUCAUGUUUAUCAGGAGUUGGCACAAGCUUCUACGGUAUUGGCAACAGGUCGGACAGCAUUACAGAAAAGGAUAAUGGUACUUUUACGGAAAAUAGAACAUUGCGUUAAUGGUGUUCAACCAGCUUGGGAGGAAACAUUUAUGAAUUGGAACCAAGUUUGUAAAAGCUUAUCCUCAUACCCAAAAUCUAGAACAGAAGAAGGUCAAAUAGAACCAUUCCACCGUUCGGUAGGAAAACGGAGAGCUUCUCACCAAAACUCGGAACACGAACUUGAGGAACAAAUAAAUGAAUGGGCAAACAUGACAGGAUUCUUGUGUGCUUUGGGAGGAGUUUGUUUACAGAGGAAAUCACCGUCUAGAUCAACAUUAGUUAGUUCACAUUCGAGCCUAUCUUCUAUGACAAUAAACUCCAUAGGAAGCGGUACUUUGACUGAUUCACAGCCUAUUAGUAGCACUAGCAGAAAGUCUAACACGCUGCAAAAUCAACCACCGUCACAGGAUCAAAGGCAAUAUUGUCCAGUUACCUCGUUUGUUGAUCUGCUGCUCCGCUUGCUUGUCUGCAACAACGAAAAAUUUGGAGCACAGAUCCAGAAGCACGUUAAAGAACUGGUAGGCAAUGAAAUGUCACCAGCUUUGUAUCCAAUACUAUUCGAACAGAUCAAGUCGAUUAUAGAUAAGUUUUUCGAUCAACAAGGACAAGUUGUUGUAAACGAGGUCAACACCCAGUUUAUAGAACACAUAAUUUUUAUAAUGAAGAAUAUUCUAGAUGGCACUAAGAAUGACCCACCUUCAGAACAUUUAGGUGUCACAAGUAUUGAAGGCAUGAUGUUAGCUAUAGUCCGAUACGUACGACAUUUUGAUAUGACCGUUCAUGCUAUUCAUAUAAAAACUAAACUGUGUCAGUUAGUAGAGGCUAUGAUGAGCAGGCGGGAUGAUCUCUCUUUCCGCCAAGAAAUGAAGUUCAGGAAUAAGCUUGUUGAAUAUUUAACAGAUUGGGUGAUGGGAACCUCUCACCAAAUCGCUCCUCCAAGUUCUGGCGAUGUGACUGUUAUUACAAGAGACUUAGAUCAGGCUUGUAUGGAGGCUGUUGCGGCUUUAUUAAGAGGAUUACCAUUACAACCCGAGGAGUCUGACAGAGGAGAUCUGAUGGAAGCAAAAAGUCAGCUUUUCCUAAAGUACUUCACGCUUUUUAUGAAUCUACUUAACGAUUGUUCUGAUAAUGCCGAAGUGGUAGAGAAAGAAAUUGGUCCACAGAAAGUUUAUACAGGGAAGAUUAGCACUUUACGAAACGCCACCAUUCAAGCUAUGUCUAAUCUGUUAUCAGCUAACAUAGACAGUGGAUUGAUGCAUUCAAUCGAUCUGGGCUAUAACAAAGACUUACAGACUAGGGCAGCAUUUAUGGAAGUUUUGACAAAAAUACUGCAGCAAGGUACAGAAUUUGACACCCUCGCUGAAACGGUACUAGCAGAUCGGUUCGAACAACUCGUUCAGUUGGUAACAAUGAUCAGCGAUAAGGGAGAACUACCUAUAGCUGUGGCUUUAGCAAAUGUAGUGACUACCUGUCAGAUGGACGAACUUGCAAGAGUAUUUGUCACGCUAUUCGAUGCGAAACAUUUACUGUCUCCUCUACUUUGGAACAUGUUCUAUCGAGAAGUAGAAGUAUCUGACUGCAUGCAGACGCUUUUUCGUGGAAAUUCGCUGGGUAGCAAGAUAAUGGCGUUUUGCUUCAAAAUAUACGGCGCAAGCUAUCUACAAACACUUUUGGAGCCGCUCAUCAGCCCGCUCCUCGACUAUCCUUUAUGCAGUUUUGAAGUUGAUCCGGCAAGGCUCGAACCGAAUGAGGACAUCGAAGAAAAUCGUCAAAAUCUGAUAGCUUUAACUCAGAGGGUAUUCGAUGGCAUCGUGAAUUCUGCAGAAAAGUUUCCACCCCAGUUAAGAUCAAUGUGCCAUUGCCUUUACCAAGUGCUGAGCAAAAGGUUUCCACAGUUUCCUCAGAACAAUAUCGGAGCUGUAGGAACAGUGAUAUUCCUGAGAUUUAUAAACCCAGCAAUAGUCUCGCCUCAAGAAAUGGGGAUUGUUAACAAACAAGUGCCAGGAUCUGUGAAAAGAGGCCUAAUGCUAAUGUCAAAAAUACUGCAGAACAUUGCCAAUCAUGUGGAGUUCAGUAAGGAGCAACAUAUGUUACCAUUCAACGACUUUUUAAGAUCACAUUUUGAAAUCGGACGGAGGUUUUUCAUUCAGAUAGCUUCAGAUUGCGAGACAGUAGAUCAAACAUCCCAUUCGAUGUCCUUCAUUUCUGAUGCCAAUGUUCUUGCUCUGCAUAGAUUACUGUGGAACCAUCAGGAAAAAAUUGGAGAUUAUUUGUCGAGUAGCAGAGACCACAAAGCUGUCGGAAGGAGGCCUUUCGAUAAAAUGGCGACCCUUUUGGCUUACCUGGGGCCACCUGAGCAUAAACCUGUCGAUUCACACUUAUUGUUCUCCACAUAUGCAAGAUGGAGUUCUAUAGACAUGUCUUCAACAAAUUUCGAAGAAAUUAUGGUUAAACACAACAUGCAUGAGAAGGAGGAGUUCAAAUCCAUAAAAUCUUUGAACAUAUUUUACCAGGCUGGUACAAGUAAAUCAGGUUUUCCAGUGUUUUACUAUAUCGCCAGACGAUACAAGAUUGGUGAAACGAAUGGCGAUUUAUUGAUAUACCACGUAAUUUUGACAUUAAAACCAUUUUGCCAUUCUCCAUUUGAACUCGUUGUGGACUUUACGCACACAUGUUCAGAUAAUAGGUUUAGAACAGAGUUCUUGCAGAAGUGGUUUUAUGUCUUACCAGAAGUUGCUUAUGAAAACUGCAAUGCUGCAUACGUUUAUAAUUGUAACAGUUGGGUUAGGGAGUACACCAAAUUCCACGAUCGAAUUUUAGCACCACUGAAGGGUAACAGGAAAAUAUUAUUCAUUGAUGUGCCCAACAAAUUGAAUGAAUUUGUCGACCCCGAACAGCAAAAGCUACCUGGUGCUACCCUGAGCCUUGACGAAGACCUAAAAGUUUUCUCAAACGCUUUGAAAUUAUCACAUAAGGAUACAAAGGUUGCAAUAAAAGUUGGUCCGACUGCGAUUCAAAUUACCUCUUCCGAAAAGACAAAAGUAUUGUCUCAUUCUGUUUUGUUAAAUGACGUAUACUACGCUUCUGAGAUCGAGGAGGUGUGUCUGGUUGACGAUAACCAGUUCACCAUCUCCAUAGCGAAUGAGAGUGGACCUCUUAGUUUUAUACAUAAUGACUGUGAUAGUAUUGUACAAGCUAUUAUGCAUAUUAGGAACCGAUGGGAGCUAAGUCAACCUGAUUCGGUGACUGUUCAUCAGAAAAUAAGACCAAAGGAUGUACCUGGCACGCUUCUAAAUAUGGCAUUACUUAACUUGGGUUCGUCAGAUCCCAACCUAAGAACAGCAGCAUACAAUCAACUUUGUGCUCUGACUGCUACAUUCGAUCUCAAAAUUGAGGGACAGUUACUGGAAACUCAAGGCUUAUGUAUUCCCUCGAAUAACACAAUUUUCAUAAAAUCAGUUUCUGAAAAAUUAGCAACGAAUGAACCUCACUUAACCUUAGAAUUCUUGGAAGAAUGCAUCCAAGGGUUUCGAGUUUCUAGCAUAGAGCUAAAACAUCUUUGUCUCGAAUAUAUGACGCCAUGGUUACCAAACCUCGUCAGAUUUUGCAAACAACAGCAGUCCCAACCAGACAACGCACGGCAGAAGCAAGUAGCACAGAUCAUAGAAAAGCUUAUUCUACUUACGAUAGAAGAAGUAGAAAUGUACCCCUCAAUCCAAGCAAAAAUAUGGGGAUCUGUGGGGCAAGUGCCGGAACUGAUAGACAUGGUGCUUGACAACUUCAUCCAUAGAUCUGUUACGUCAGGAUUAGGCUCGCCUAUGGUUGAGAUAAUGGCUGAUACGGCCGUAGCACUAGCUUCAGCCAAUGUGCCGUUGGUUGCGAAAAAGAUUAUCGGGAGAUUGUGCAGAGUUGUAGACAAAACAUGUCAGUCACCAACUCCGCUGCUAGAGCAGCACAUGAUGUGGGACGAUAUAGCGAUUCUAGCCCGAUACCUUCUCAUGUUAUCCUUCAACAAUAGCUUGGAUGUAGUUCGACACCUACCAUAUUUAUUCCAUACUGUUACAUUCCUAGUAUGCUCAGGAUCAUUGAGUAUGCGAGCCUCAACUCACGGUUUGGUGAUAAACAUUAUUCAUUCUCUCUGCACCUGCACUAAGCCACAAUUUUCCGAAGAAACCCAAAGACUGCUACGUUUAUCGUUAGACGAAUUCUCUCUACCAAAGUUUUAUUUAUUGUUUGGAAUUAGCAAAGUGAAGUCGGCGGCUGUGACUGCGUUUCGAUCCAGUUAUAAGCAUCCCAGUGAAAGGUGGUUAGGUACAGAAAGAAGUUUCUCAGGAACGUCUAGCCAAGACAGGGAACGACUGUCAUUGACGUCACUGGAAGUCAUUACUGACGCAUUACUUGAGAUUAUGGAAGCCUGUAUGAGGGAUAUACCGAACUGUGAUUGGCUGACGAGCUGGACGUCCCUAGCAAAAAGUUUUGCUUUCUGUUUUAAUCCUGCGCUUCAGCCUAGAGCACUGAUAGUAUUUGGGUGCAUAAGCAAAAGCAUCACCGAUCAUGACAUGGUGCAAUUGUUAAAGAUUUUGGUGAAAGCGCUAGAAAGCUUCAACGAUAUUUUCUUAAUUGAAGCACUAGUGAUGUGUUUAACCAGGCUGCAACCAGUAUUGAGACCGGAAUCUCCUAUUCAUAGGGCUCUCUUUUGGGUAGCAACUUCAGUGUUGCAGUUAGACGAAGCAUCACUAUAUGCUUCGGGAUUAGCAUUACUCGAACAAAAUCUACAUACCAUCGAAUCACAGGGAGUUUUUGACGAACAGACCUUAGAAUCGGUAAUGAUGCAAGUUAGAGAUCCAUUGGAAUGGCAUUUCAAGCAAUUGGAUCAUGCAGUUGGGUUGAGUUUCAAGGCCAAUUUCCAUUUUGCACUGGUAGGCCAUUUGCUCAAAGGAUAUAGACAUCCUACACCUACAACGGUAUCUAGGACAAUAAGAAUUUUAACAAUGUUGUUGUCUAUUGUUGCAAGACCACAAAGAAGAGAUAAAUUUGAAGUAACACUAGACAGUGUCGCAUAUCUUACAGCUUUGGUUGGCUACUCGGACGAAGUGCGGAGUAGAUGUCACAUCAAGCAUUCCCUGCCACGUUACAUGACAGAUUCAGUGUCGCAAGACAACUUUAUCAUCGAUAACCCACCUAAUCAAGGCAGCAGUUCACAUCAAACUAUCUCAGGGAGUAACAGCACGUCCAGUAAUAUAAGUCGAAGACAAAAAUCGUGGGAUUCUAUAGAUCAGUCUAUGUUACUGCAAGCCAGGCAAAAGCAACCUAAUUAUACCUCACAUCAAAACCGUAGUACGAGAGUAUCUGUCAGUAACGAAAACAACGUACUGCUUGAUCCCGAAGUAUUGACAGAUGCACCAACGCAAGCCUUAGUUUUGACUACCCUCGCUACACUAGUUAAAUACAGUACUGAUGAGACAGAAACUCGUGUUUUAUAUCAGUACCUUGCAGAAGGAGCCAUCGUAUUUCCGAAAGUAUUCCCUGUCAUUUACAAUCUACUGGACAUGAAAAUAAAUCACGUGCUAUCGUCCUGUCAUGAUCCAGAUAUUUUGAGCGCUGUUCGUAAUAUCAUCCAAAAUAUGAUCGCCUGUGAAGAUACAAGUCAACAGCAACUGCAUUUCUUACAAAGUUGUGGCUUCGGGGGACUUUGGAGAUUUGCCGGCCCAUUUAACAAGUAUAACAACAUAGCAGAAAGUAGCGAACUGUUCGUGAACUGCCUAGAGGCAAUGGUGGUGACAUGUCUUCCAGAAGAUAGUGAUGUUGAAAACGGCGAUCUCAACCAAUAUCCGUCAAUGCUAAGUGUUAGUUCGCAACUAAACCUUUCCUCCAGUAUGUCAAGUCUGAACCUAGGUUCGCCUAAUGAGAAAGAGCUGAUUAGAGAUGUAGAAGGCGGAAGCACAACAUCGUUAGGCCGACCUUCGUUUAGCAAACAGCGUAGCAUCAAAAAUAAACCGCACAUACAUUCAGAAAACACGUCAAUCCAUGAAUAACACACAGCUAAUUAGAAGAAAUGAUGUUCGUGCUAUUUUUAGCGCAUGUCCAAUGUUAUGGUUUUUUAAAGGUGGUAUACGACUUUACAGUGGAAUAAAAGAGAGAAAUUGGUAAGAAAGCACAGUCUUGACUGAGAGUAUGCCAUUCUGAUCAAUACUUGUGAUGAUUCAUUAUCCUAAGUUGGAAGUCGCCAACCUAGACUCUUUGAAUGAAUGGCUGAAUAGGUUAAUCAAACUUAAAAUAUUGAAAGACAGCCUCGGAUAUCUAAGAUUUUUUUUUGUUUUUGAUCUUCAAAUAUAUAAAAUUGAUAAGGAUCGCUGAGAUUAUGCCCAGCAAUGGGAGACAAUUGAUUGGAGGUAAACGACGUGGUUUUUGUGUCAAAAUAUCAACCUUUUAUGGGUAGGUAUUUACUUUUUCGCAUGUUCUGAAAGAUCUUAACUGUGGAUAUGUGCUAUAUACUUUUGUGUUCAUUAUAUUUGUUAAAUGGUUUGACCCAGUGUAGAUUGAAUGUUAUUAAGACUGCUAUAUGUUUACUUAUCAUAUAAACAUUUCUUCUGGAUAUGUGUAUGAGAAUUAUAUUCUAAAUUAAAAAUACGUGGAAACUAAUGUACAAACAUUUUAUUGUCAUUUUAUGAGUUAUUAGGUGUAUUUUGUAUAUACGUAUUAUAUAUUUAUUUUUACUUUUUUAAAAUACAUUUAUUUC